CGGCGGAGCCCGGGUGGGAGCGCCCCGCCGGGAGAUGCGGCUGCGACCCGGCGCGCUCCUGCCGGCGCUGUGCCUCGGCGCCGCCGUCCCCCUGCUGUGGUACGCGGCGUGGCAGCGCAGCCGAGGUGGCACAUGUUGGGUAGACCUACAGAAAGCCAUGUCUAAGAUUCUCUGAGCCUACGUUGGAAAGAGAAAACUGAUGCUCUUUUCCAAAAAUAAAUUAGAAGAUCUCUUCCCAUAGCACCUCUGAGACCUGCAGACGUGGCUUGUUACGUGACUGUUUCAGGAAAUGAGUUAGACAUGUACCAAAGCCAGUUUCUGGAACUUCGACAGAGACUAUUGUAUGCUGAAAAGGAAAAUAAAAAGAGAUCGCACGAACUGAGCAGUGCCCUAGAUGAAAUUAAACAUGUAGUUGCAAAAAGAAUGAACUUAACAAAUCAUACAGAUGAUACGAAGUGGAAAAUGUUAAACCUUACCAGAAAACUCCCCAUGCAUCUUACAAACAUGUACUACUAUCUACCUCACCUUCGAGAGUAUGAAGAUGCCAUUUUCCCAGAUAUUAUUUUUGGGCGACAGAGAACUGGAGUUUCACUGGUGAUGGGUAUUCCUACCGUGAAAAGGGAAAAACAAGAUUAUCUGAUUAAUACGCUGCAUUCCCUACUGUAUGAACUUUCUGAAGAGCAGAAGAAUGACUGUGUAAUAAUCAUCUUUGUAGCAGAGGUGAAUGCACAGUAUGUUAACAGAGUUGCAGAAAGUGUUAAAACCAGCUUCCCCACAGAAAUCCAGUCUGGAGUCUUAGAGGUUAUUUCUCCUCCUGCUUCCUAUUACCCAGAUCUUUCCAACCUGAAGAAAACACUUGGGGAUUCGGAGGACAGAGUAAGGUGGAGAACUAAACAGAAUCUGGAUUAUAGCUUUUUAAUGCUAUAUGCCCAGCCUAAGGGAACAUUUUAUUUACAGCUAGAAGAUGAUAUAAUAGCCAAACCUGGUUAUAUUCAAAGUAUAAAAGACUUUGCUGCUAAGCAGUCCCAAGAGUGGAUGAUUCUGGAGUUCUCCCAGCUUGGAUUUAUUGGAAAAUUGUUUAAAUCGGAAGACUUGCCACUCAUAGUGGAUUUUUUUCUCAUGUUCUAUAAAGAUAAGCCCAUAGACUGGCUUAUGGACCACCUGCUCUGGGUUAAAGUGUGCAAUCCAGAAAAGGAUGCAAUACACUGUGAAAAGGAAAAGGCAAAGUUACGUAUCCGUGCUAAACCAUCUCUCUUUCAGCAUGUAGGAAUUUAUUCAUCAUUGGCUGGGAAGAUACAAAAUUUGAAAGAUAAAGAUUUUGGCCAAAACGUGCUACAUAAAGCACAUAAUAAUCCACCUGCAAAAGUGGAUACAAGCCUAAGAAUAUACCAGCAAUAUACCUUGGAAAAAGUUUAUAAAGGAAAAGACUGGUUUUGGGCUUCAGCUCCAGUGGCAGGUGACUACAUCAGCUUCACCUUUUUAAAUCCACUAAAAGUUGAAAAGUAUUUUUUCAGGAGUGGUAACAUGGAGCACCCAGGUGACAAACUGUUUAACACCACCGUGGAAGUGUUGCCAGCUGAUGAAAUGCUAAGGAAAGAACUGGUUGACAAUGGAGGUAAAUUUAACUACCCAGCAACCAAAGACGGAUAUUUAAAAAUAGGGGCUUUUGAAAAUGGAAUUGCAGAAGGCAGUGUCGAUCAGUCAAUAGGAAAAAUACAGGCUAUUCGUUUAAUGGUCAAUUCUGAUUCUCCUGUAUGGGCAAUCAUUAGUGAGGUACUUAUCAAGGCAUCUGAAAACUGAAAAAAACGAUUUCUUUUGCCAUGUCACUUGUUACAAAUUGCUUGUAAACUAGGCCAACAGCAACAAAAAACUGGCUGGGUGAAAAGAACAAAUCCAAACCCAUUUAAUUCUUAAUACUGUGUAUUAGGAAAGAGUUGAGAUAAUAUUGUUUAUAUAAAGAUUUAAUAGUUAAAAGAUAUAAAGAACCCAGUUAUGUUAGUAAUUUCUAUAAGAUAUUCUUGAUAAGGUGUUUUAUAUAAAAAUCUCACCUUAGCAUGGCAACAUUCGAUACAUAUUGUGAUAAACAAUUGAUAAGGCAUUACAGCCUGUCUCAGGGACUUAAGCAAAAAAGUAUGGUAAGUUUCACCAGAACUAAAAAUAUGGAUGUUUUUGAAAAAUAUUAAGGACACAGUUUUCAACUCCACUAAGAACUAGUCAGUUUUGGAGGGAAAGUAGAAACUGAAAAAAAAGUUGUCAAUAUUCAUUGCAAGUAUUUAGAGCAGUCCACAGAAACAGGAACAUCUUGAAAACAUGAAAAUGAAUCUCAAACUUAACAGAAGUGUGUUUCAGCCUUAAUGUAGCAUAAGUUAUGUUUAAUAUUUUUUAAAUAGGAAGUGCCUACAAUUUACCAUUUGAAUAACUUGAAACUUAAAGAGGUAUUGUUUGGAGGAUUGUAAAUCUUUUCAGUGAAUUGUGCAUUGAAUUAAAUACAGAAAAUAAUAAGGGUAUUAUGUAUGACUAUAUUUUUGUAGAAAGUAAAUUAUUUAAAUAAAGUUUUGGAUCCUAUAAUUUGACAGUCAGUAUGUACUGAUACUUAAUUCUUGGUCACAAGGCAAAACUCAAUAUAAAUUUGAAAAUAGAAGGUAUACCACAGUAGUCUGAUUUGAAAUGUUUUUGAGAAAUUACAAUCCACCUUGGACAUCCACCUGUUAAUGUGCAGAAUUCCUGGAUUGCUUCCUUAAUAUUUGCAGCAUGGUUGUGCCCUCAUUCUCCUGCACAUGCAUUGCAUCGUAACAGCAGACAGCGAGAAAUAAACUGCACUGUACACUUGUGCAUGGAUUUAUAUUAAAUGGGUUAAAUUAA